GAGCAGGAACACCACAUUUUGAACUGUGUAAACCCAAAUAACAUUAUUAACGAAACCAGGGUAUCUCUGUCAAUAUUGGAUCAAUAAGCUACUAACAUAAUAAGAUUGAUAUGUUCCAGUUUUUGUCUGUGUUUAUUUUCACAAAUAUCUGUGUGUUUUCAUACAUAGUCCUGUACAGUGGAACUAGGGUUAGCGUCUGGUCGUUGGUUGGUUAGUGUCUCUCACAGAGCGCCACUGAAGCUACAACUGCCACUUCUGCUGUGCAAUUCAUCCAUCCAUUUUCUAUGCCGCUUCUCCUCCUGUACAAUUCAAUUCAAUACCCCCAAAUAAGGAGGCAGAGAUCAUUAACAUUCGGUUAUGCUUGUUAUUCAACAAUUAUAUGUUUUACAUCUCUCCAUAUAUACUUUGAAAUGCAAUAAGUAUUAUUUUUAUGUGAAUUGUCGCAUGUUUAUGAGCGAUUCACACUCCCGGCCGCUAGAUGGCGCAAGCACAACUCGAGCGUUAUUACUAGCAUGUUACUGGCUAAUGUUUACUUCCGGGUUGUUUGUCGUUCGUGUGUACCGGCGUGUAAUACAUCGUGAGAGUUUACAUUAAACCUGUUCAAUUACCCACAAAAAUAAAAGUUCUUCGGCUGUAAUUCAUCAGAGGGGUGUUUAUCAUCAUCAUAAUGACUGAGGAUGUCCAGAAGCACUCGGUCCACACUUUGGUCUUUAGGUCGCUCAAGAGAACUCAUGACAUGUUUGUGUCCGACCAAGCUAAGUCCAUCGCGUUGGAUGAAGAAAGUCACAAGCUGAAGAUGGCGGUGAAGCUGAAGGCAGAUUAUAAUGCCGUUCUACACAUGCCGGUCUUGAAGGAAAGCAAGGACAGAAUCCCUCAGGCUCCCAGCAGCAUGCAGACCCAGCAGAGCUACACUCAGCCAGCAUCAGAUGAGCCGGAGUACAUGAUCACGGGAACACAUGCUUACCCCUCUGGACCAGGAGUGGCGCUGACCGCAACCACAAAGUUGCACAGGAACCCCAGCGAGGCCGGAGUCCAUUCCAUGGCGUUGGCGCUUCCGCCUUCACAAGCCAGCCAAGAUAGCAGCCGCACGGCUGCCAGCGUUUCGGACAUCCAUCGACAUGCAGGUGCCACAGAGCGUUCUCACCCGCCUUCGAGCGCAUUGUCGAUCACGGAAGGAGGCGGCACCAGAAAUACUUCUCUCAUAAGGAGAGCGCCAAUCAUGCCCAAACCUCAAUGGCAUCCGCCGUGGAAACUGUUUCGAGUCAUCAGUGGUCACCUUGGCUGGGUGCGCUCCAUCGCCGUGGAGCCCGGCAAUCAGUGGUUUGUGACUGGCUCUGCUGACAGAACCAUAAAGAUCUGGGACCUGGCGAGCGGGAAACUGAAGCUCUCGCUAACGGGACACAUCAGCACGGUGCGUGGCGUGGCCGUCAGCAGUCGCAGCCCCUACCUCUUCUCCUGCGGCGAGGACAAGCAAGUCAAGUGCUGGGAUUUGGAGUACAACAAGGUCAUCAGGCACUACCAUGGCCACCUGAGUGCCGUGUACGACCUGGACCUCCACCCAACCAUCGACGUGCUGGUGACGUGCAGCAGAGAUGCCACAGCGAGGGUGUGGGACAUCAGGAGCAAAGCCAACGCACACACGCUGACGGGUCACACCAACACGGUGGCCACGGUCAGGUGUCAGGCAGCCGAGCCUCAAAUCAUCACUGGCAGCCACGAUUCAACCAUCCGGUUGUGGGAUCUGAUUGCCGGGAAAACCAGAGCGACGCUGACCAACCACAAGAAGUCAGUGAGGACCGUCGUGCUGCAUCCCAGACAAUACACCUUUGCUUCGGGUUCAGCUGACAACAUCAAACAGUGGAUGUUCCCUGACGGCAAAUUCAUUCAGAACCUCUCGGGACACAAUGCCAUCAUCAACACUCUGGCCGUCAACUCUGACGGCGUGCUCGUCUCUGGAGCCGACAACGGAACAAUCCACAUGUGGGACUGGAGGACCGGCUACAACUUCCAGCGCAUUCACGCCGCCGUGCAGCCUGGCUCCCUGGACAGCGAGUCGGGCAUCUUCGCCUGCUUGUUCGACAAGUCGGAAAGCCGCCUGAUCACGGCCGAGGCAGACAAGACCAUCAAAGUGUACAAAGAGGACGACACAGCUACGGAAGAGAGCCAUCCUAUCAACUGGAAGCCAGACAUCCUGAAGAGAAAAAGAUUCUAAUCAUUUUGAGAUUGUUUUUUUCUUUUUUUUUUACAUUUUCUUUGUAAAAGGUUGUCUUGUCAGUCUAAAAACCAUUUGCAUUUGUCGCUGUACUCGGAAAGCCCGACAACACGUCCAUGGCGGACAGCCAGGAAGCGCCCGCUGUGUUUGUUCUUGAUGACCACAGCUCUCUGGUGAGCACGCUCCGUCUGGUCCACCAACAGGAGCCACUCCUCUCGCUCGGAGGGUCCCACCUCAAAGCGGAGCUCGUCCGUCUCGGGGUCGUACCCUGCACGCCAUAGUUUGACUUUGAUUUUGUAUUUACACACAAAAACAGUGCUGCUCCACCGGAUAUGGAUUUUCAUGCAUCAUUAAAGAAUUUUUCACUAAAGCUCA